UGUAAUAUAAAUAGAUAAUAUAAAAUCAAGUGCCGUAUUUCAUAAAUGACUGAGGGAUACUUUAUAAUCUUGAGCACCUUCUUGUAUUUAUGGACAGGAUCUUCAACCAGUGCUUUGUGUACAUCAGCCAGAUUACAAUGCCCCGAAGGAUUUCACAACAUCGCCGACCGCUGCAUCCAGUUCCUCACGGAGCCCGGAAGCUGGCACGAGAUGAAGGACAAGUGCUUCAACGUGGGCGCCCGCAUGGCCAAGGUCGACUCGGACAACUUCAUGUACCACCUCGUCAACUUCAUCAAAGGGAACAAACUUGACGGCCACACGUACUGGAUCGGCGCCUCAGACGAAGGCCACGAAGGCGACUUCAGGUGAACGGACGGGACGCCGUUCUGGGGCGACGACAAGGACCAGAAGCAGGAGCCCGACGGAGGGAGCAAGCAGAACUGCGUCAACCUGAACGAGAACGACCACUUCUUCUUCGGCGACUCGAAGUGCAGCGCGGAUUUUGCUGUCAUCUGCGAGAAGAUUUAAUGAAGGUUAAGGAGGCGGCGGU